AAGAAUAGCAGUAAAAUCACAGUAGUUUCCAAGUGACGAAAUUAGGUUUAGGAUUGAUAUGGCUCGGAUUUCAGCUUUAUUGGCAUCAUUAUUGUUAUUUACGGUGAUGGCGGUGGCGACGAGUUCGGUUGAGCGCGAAAAUAAGUCAUCUUCCUUUGGGCUGUUUUGGUCGACCGCCAAAGAGGAAGGGGAUCCUUUGCACAAUACUGGGCAAGCUGAUGAUUCAGCAGCCACCGCCGAUGACAUCGACGGUGGAUUUUCUACCCUAGAAGGGAUGUUGCAAUGGGCCAUAGGUCAUUCUGAUCCGGUAAAACUUAAGGAAAAGGCGCAAGAUGUUCAACGUCUUUCUCCCUUGGAGCUUAGGCAGCGUCAGCUGGAAAUACAGGAACUGAUGGAAAAGUUAAAAAUGCCAUCAGAUGCACAGUUGAUGCAAAUUGCAUUAGAUGAUUUGCAGAAUUUAUCUCUGUCUUUGGAGGAUCGCCAUCGUGCUUUGGAAGAGCUUUUGAUACUUGUUGAGCCCAUUGAUAAUGCAAAUGAUAUGUGUAAACUUGGUGGCCUUGGUGUGAUUAUACGGGAGCUUGAUCACUCCGACUCAGAUGUAAGGAAAAUUUCUGCAUGGAUACUUGGGAAAGCAAGUCAAAAUAAUCCAUAUGUUCAGAAGCAGGCCCUGGAACUUGGGGCAUUGGCAACACUUAUGAAAAUGGUGAAUUCCAGUUCUGCAGAUGAAGCCACUAAAGCAUUUUAUGCUGUUUCAGCCUUGAUCCGAAAUAAUAUGGCUGGUCAGCAAUUGUUCUUUGCGGAGGCUGGAGACAAGAUGCUUCAGGACAUAUUGAGCAGUCCAAGCGUGGAUAUUAGGUUACGCAGGAAGGCUGUGUUUCUGGUCGGUGAUCUGGUCGAGUGCCAGUUAGAAAAAGUAGAUAAAACUGAAAUGCCGUUUUUCAGUAAUCGUUUAUUCUUGAAGUCUGUUGUUGAUCUUACUGCAUCAAGUGACCUUGAUCUCCAGGAGAAGGCACUUGUUGCAAUUAAGAAUCUUCUGCAAUUGAAAACGACGGAAGCAAUGGUUUUCGAGGAGUUUUGCAGAUUGGGUGAAGCUUUGGAGAGGAUCAAGAAGCAACUGGAGAAUUUGAUGUUGGAGGAUGAUCACAGAGAAUACGUUACAGACGUUGAAAGCCUCCGCAAGGAAGUGGAACGCGCUUUUCAGGCCAAGUUAGAAAACGCGAGAGCAGUGCCAACAUGACUCGCUGCUGAGAUGAAAGCCUCGACACUCGAUACGCAUAGCCAUUUAGAAAACGAGAACAUAGUUCCUCAGGACAGGUAGAAAUGUGACCUAAGUUGUGUUGAAUCGCUUACUCUUCGUUGUAUGGUAAAAUUAUUGGGCCGAGAAAUGAAAUUCCUGGCAGUGAAACUGGUAGGUUGGAUUAAAAAUAUAGAGCAGGUUGUAGGUGAAAAAUGUAAGAUAAAUUUUUAAGGUAAACUAUACGGGAGACCACU